CUUCUGCUUCUUGCAGCAUAACCCCCAAAACCACCUCACCCGAGAGAAGCGGCGGCGGCGGCAUCGGGCGAGAUGAUUAAGAGACGCUACUUCAGGCAAGACCACGGCGACAAUAGCGCCUCCUCGUCCUCCUCCUCCUCGGGGUCUGAUUCGGACGGCGACCCCGCGGAAGAAGAGGUCUCGGAGGAGGAAGUAGAGGCGGAGCAAGAAGAAGAAAAGGAAGAACGUGAUGAAGAAGAAGAAGCGGAGGUGGAGUCGGGGGAAGAACAGGAAAAGGAAGUAGAGCAGCAGGCUGAAGAUGAGGGUUCAGGAUACCAAAGUGAGGACAGCUCUGGACAUCAUGUUGACAGUCCUUGUGAAGAUGAGAACAGCAGUCUUGUGUAUGAACAAUACCAACCGAUCACUUUGCCUGUUAAAAAAGCAUCUAGUGGUGAUGCUGAUUCUGCCAAAGGUGCUGUUAACAAGGAUGAUGCUGUUCAGGUCGAUUUCAAUAACUACAUUCUGAAGUGCAAAUCUGUGUAUAAGUGCAAGCUUUGUCCCAGAAUCAUGUGCUUAAGUGAGGAGAUGGUCAGAGUACAUCUUGAAUCAAAGAGACAUGCUCGAUCAAAGAAACUACUGGGAGAUGGUAGGCUUAAGAUGAUGCUCAACAGUGAUGGUGAGCUGGAGGAAGAGGCAGAGACACAUGCUGAACGACAUGCCCGAACUAUAGCUCUUGCUCAGCAAGUUCAAAAGCCCAAGAAGGAUUCAGGCAGGCAGCGACAAAAUCGGAGAAGAAAGAAGAGGUCGCAGAAUCGUCUGGAGGACAAAGAUCAGAGACACGACUCUGGAAAGGAAGGCGCAAAACCGAACAACGGAACUGCUGAUAAGAAAAUGCCGAAUAUUGGAACUGCUGCUAAGAAAAGGCGCAAGACUGAGAAAUAAAUGGGUGCUGCAGAAAAUUUCUCUUGUGUGUUAUUUCUUCCUACAUUGUUGUAACUUUUAGAAACUUUCUAUGGUUUUACUGUUUGUUUUGUGCCUAACUUUUUGAUCCAAGUGUAGUUCAUGAAAGCUGAGAGAUUAAAUUUAAAGGAAAGGUGAUGACUAGGAAUUGCACAUCCAA